AUGGAGCGCCCUUCAGGCCUGACUGCGCGCAGCAACAAGCGCCCUCGACUAGCCUAUUUAGUUCGCCUGAUUGGGUUGAGGGUGCUAGCGGGCGAUUUGAUGGACUACAUCCGCUUCAGGGCCGUUUGCGCACACUGGCGAUCUAGCUCAGACUGUCCACGCGGCCGCGGCGUCGUAGACCCGCGCUUUCACCCUCGCCGGUGGAUGAUGCUGCCCGAGGGCCACGGCCUCUACCCUGGUCACGGCAAGCUACGUGGUUACAUCCGCUUCUUCAACCUCUCCACAGGCGUCAUCGUCCGCGUCCUGCUCCCGCUUUUCAGGAACCACUGCAUCCUCGACUCAGUCGAUGGCCUCCUCCUCCUGCAGCGGGACGAAGACACCGUCAUCCGUCUCCUCCACCCCUUCACCGGUGACAUUGUAGACCUCCCGCCACUCGCCACCCUCAUGCGUCUUCCCUGGAGCCAAUCUGAAUAUUUACAGAUCGACCCGCCGCAGCAUGACGAGACAGGCUCAGCUUCGUCCUCAACGCCAUCGCAGAAGUUGGUUGCCACAUGCCCGGCCGGCAAGAUGCCUGUCCCUCAAUACCUGGCAGAAUGUGACUCGGAAGUCCUGUUCAUAGGGGUUGCACCGGUAACUAGCAUCGGAGGCAAUGUUCUGUUGAUUGAUGAAAGGAUUCUAAGUGUCAGGGGUGACACCAUCGUAGCUGUUCAUCCGACGGACCUGUAUUUGGCGCAACGCAACCUCAACAGUCACACAUGGUUACCGGCAACGGAUGGAUGUAUCGCAAAACGUGAUGUGUCAAUGCCUUAUAGCCUCAUUUACCAUAUCUUCACCUGUUGCAACCGUGCUAUUUGGUGA